CCCAGCCCCAGCCCCAGCCCCGGCCGCGGCCGCCGGGGCCCGGCCCAGCUCCGCGGGGCCAUGGCCGAGUGGGCGCCCGCCCAGGUGCAGGAGUGGAACAUGGAGGCCCCUCACCUGAUGCCGCUGCAGCCACCGCUGCUGCCGGAGCGCGCGCACGUGCGGGAGGCGCAGCUCCACUCCGCAGAGGCCUCGCUCUGGACCGUGGUGGCCACGGUGCAGGCCAUGGAGAGGAAGAUCGACCUCCUGGCCACCCGCCUGCUCAGCCUGGAGGGCCGCUCCGGCACGGCCGAGAAGAAGCUGCUGGACUGCGAGAAGACAGCCAUGGAAUUUGGGAACCAGCUGGAGAGCAAGUGGGCCGUGCUGGGCACCCUCAUCCAGGAGUACGGGCUGCUCCAGCGGCGCCUGGAGAACGUGGAGAACCUCCUGAAGAACAGGAACUUCUGGGUGCUGCGGCUGCCCCCCGGCCCCCGGGGCGAGGUCCCCAAGGUGCCGGUGACAUUUGUUGACAUCGCCGUCUACUUCUCAGCAGAGGAGUGGAAGAACCUGGAGGAGUGGCAGAAAGAGCUGUACAACAACCUGGUGAAGGAGAACUAUGAGGCUUUGCUGUCCCUGGAUGGGGCCCUCUCCAGGAGCGAGGCCCAGCCCCGCAGCGAGCGUGGGGACGGACCCUGUGUCCCCGAGCAGCGGGAGCUGGAGCAGAGGGAGCUGCCACCGGACGCCUGCGCGGAGUCGCUGAUCUCCACCUCCGACAUCCUGUCCCGGAUCAAGCAGGAGGUGGCCUUCGUGGGGGAGCAGCAGUUCCCCGAGGAGCGGGGGAUGCCGUCAGACCCCUGUGCAGGCGCUGACGCCCUGAUCACCGCGCACGACUUCUUGUCGUGGAUCAAGCAGGAGGAAGAGCCCUGUGUCCGGGAGCCCUGGGAGCUGCCCGAGAGGGAGAUGCUGCCCCCGGGCCCUGGUCCUGCCAGCGAGGGGCUGCUGGUGAAGACGGAGGAGCGGUGCCCCCACGCCGAGCCCCCCGAGGAGGUGGGUUUGCCGGGCAGCUCCGGGGAGCUGCUCUUCCCCGGCACGGGCUUCGGGACCCCCGAGGGACAGGCGGCGGUGCCAGCUGCGGUGGCUCUGCCGGCGCAGCACAGACUGGGCAAAGCUCCGGGCCCCGAGCCGGGCCCGGGGGCCGAUGCCGGGGGCGUCCCCGCGGCGCCGCCGGGCCCCGCCGAGGAGCGGCCGCACGGCUGCGCCGAGUGCGGGAAGAGCUUCAGCGGCAAGAAGAGCCUGCGGAUCCACCAGCGCAGCCACGCGGCCGAGCGGCCCUACCCGUGCGCCGAGUGCGGCAAGAGCUUCAAUUGCCACUCGGGGCUGGUGCGGCACCAGAUGAUCCAUCGCGGCGAGCGGCCCUACAAGUGCUCCGAGUGCGGCAAGUGCUACAGCCGCAAGGAACACCUGCAGAACCACCAGCGGCUGCACACCGGGGAGCGCCCCUUCGCCUGCGCCCAGUGCGGCAAGAGCUUCAUCCGCAAGCAGAACCUGCUCAAGCACCAGCGCAUCCACACCGGCGAGCGCCCGUACCAGUGCCCCGCCUGCGGCCGCAGCUUCCGCUACAAGGAAUCGCUCAAGGAUCACCAGCGGGUCCACGGCGCCGAGGCGGGCCCGCCGCCGCUGCCCCCGCCCGGGAUCCUUCCCCCCGGGGACUAGGGGCCACCCCGCCGCGACGGGGACGGUCCCCGGCCACGCAGCUUCCGACCAAACCGAGGUGCCCGGCCGGGGCGGGGGGCAGGCGGGGAGCCCCCGGGGUUGGGGUGCGGGGACGAGCCCCCAGGUCCCCCGCCACGGACGGACACUUCACCCCCAGCGCUCCCCCCACGGACAAUGUCGCCGCACGGGGUGGGGGGCAGCCCCCCCCGCCGUGUCCCCCCGCGCCACCCCCGCCUGCCGCUCUGUCCCCUCGCCCCCGCUGCUUAUUUUUACUGCCCCCCCCCCCCCCCCCCCCCCGCGCCGUCCCGCUGUACAGUGCUUGGGGUGUAGUUUUGUAUGGACGAAGCGAUACAGAAUAAAGUCGUGCUGGGCUGCAGAGCCUUCAGCACCCCCGCC